UUACUGGACAAUAACCCUCUGGAGUGUGAUUGUGGAAUAACUCCUUCCCUGUGGAAAGCUGAUGUGACUGGCCUUUGCGCAUAUCCUUCUCAUAUAAGAGGAGUUGCAGUUAAAUCACUCCACGACGAGGAUUUCAAAUGCGGUUUGUUAUACAUUCAUUCAUUAAGUUUAGAAUAAGAUAGAGAGUUACAAAAAUAUUGAGAGCUCUCACCCGGAAUAUGUAAUUCUAAUUGUUUCUGCCAUCUUGUAACCUGUAAAAUGUCGUGGUUUAAUAACGCUUGUCAAUUUCCCGUUAUUGAUUUUUUUUAUUAAAAAAAAAUAGCACCUAUGUUAGCGUACAGAAAGUGAUAUGUUGCUCGUUGAGUUAUUUUUUUUUUUCAAAAAAAAAAAAUUUUGUUAGCGUACAGAGAGUGGUAUGUAUCUCGCACCGAUCAGAUCGCCGAAUUAGGUUAGGUACCUCGCACCAAUCAGAGCGUUAUUUUUGUUCUUUUGUGUGUGAGGUGUUCAAAUUUCAGCGAAGUAAUGGGGGAUUCGGAGAGAGCGGUUCGUAAAAUGGAAUCACCUUUUGGAAUGAGAAAUGUUGGCUUUCUGUGUUUUUGACGUGUAUUUUACCGCGCUUUAUGAGAAAUGCGAUACUACUGGACAGAUGAAAGAUAUCAGAUUAUCUAUAGUAAACAUGUUACUCAUGCUGUGAAAAUGAUGGAUAGUUGUACGAGAGAUAAUGAAGUUCUGUGCACUGUAGCGCGAUCGUGGUUAUUGUUCCCUCACGACGAGAGCGAGUGGAAAAAUUUUGAAUCAAUUAUUGCUUGAGGUGUUGAUGAAUUGCACCAAAUAUUUUGAUUUGAGCAGUUCUUUAACGGCAAGCCGUGUUGCAAGAUUCAUGAUUUGUUGAGUGUGCCGAUUAUAUUUUACUGGAUUGGUUUGCUUAGGGCUAUCUCAAGAUGGAUGUCUGAUUAAAAUUAUCUACGAACGAUUUUGUGUAUGUUUUCGAUGCCUAGAGAAAGUGAUCUUGUGGAGUUGUUUGUGUUUGGCCAAGGACGAAUUGGACCAAUCAAAUCGUUUAGGGUAUAUAUAUCUCGCACCAAUCAGAUCGCCGCAUUAGGGUAUGUAUCUUGCACCAAUCAGAGCGUCGUUUUUGUUCUUUGGUUUGAGAGGUGUUCAAAUUUCAACGAAGUAAUGGGGAAUUCGGAGAGAGCGGUUCGUAAAUUGGAAUCACCUUUUGGAAUGAGAAAUGUUGGCUUUUCUGUGUUUUUAACGUGUAUUUUACCGCGCUUUACGAGAAAUGCGACACUACUGGACAGAUGAAAGAUAUCAGAUUACCUAUAGUAAACGUAUUAGUCAUGCUGUGAAAAUGAUGGAUAGUUGUACGAGAGAUAAUGAAGUUCUGUGUACUGUAGCGCCAUCGUGGUUAUUGUUCCUUCACGACGAGAGCGAGUGGAAAAUUUUUUAAUCAAAUAUUGCUAGAGGUAUUGAUGAGUUGCACCAAACAUUCUGAUUUGAGCAGUUCUUUAACGGCAAUCUGUGUUGCAAGAUUCAUGAUUUGUUGAGUGCGCCUAUUAUAUUUUUCUGGAUUGGUUUGCUUGGUGCUAUCUCCAGAUGAUUGUCUGAUUAAAAUUAACUAUGGACGAUUUUGUGCAUGUUUUCGAUGCAUGGAGAAAGUGAUCUUGUGGAGUCGUUUGUGUUUGGCCAAGGACGAAUUCAGAUACCAUCGUUAGCAUGUUUAUUUGAUUUUGUUAUCUCGAAUGAAUGAUUUACGGAGGUAAGUUAAUAUGACGUGAUCUACUAACGUCGAAAACAUAUCAAGUCGAAGGAACAGUUUUGGUCUCGGUCCGAAUUUUUGUAAACUAAGUUAACACUUACCGCUCAAAAAGAUGAUAACACGGACACGUGCAAAGCUGUCAAUUGUUUCUCGAAUGUUGCGCGGUUUAAAUUUUAGAGACAUCUCAUUUACAUCUACAUCUUGUUUUAUUAUGUUGGUAAAAUCUGUACAGACAUCACACCAACUAACUCGCGCGCAAAGUGAGAAGACCAUAUGAAGGCUUGAAAUUAUAUUACGAUCGAUUUUCAUCAAGAAAUGGGCCAGGAACAUUCCACAAUAGUGCAAAUAAUCGUGAAAGCCGAUCGCGGAAAAGCGAUUGAGUGACACUCGGUAAGUUGUAAGAUGACAUGUUAUCACAUAUCAGACGAAAAAACUCUUUAGAUUCUCAGUCUGCAUUUUGUACCCACUCUGCAGUCUGCAGUCUACAUUUUGUACCUAGUCUACAUUUUGUAUCCUGUCUGCUGUCUGCAUUUUGUACUAACAAGUAUCCGUGGCACCAAUACAGUUUAUUUUUUGUUACAGUUAUUCGCACAACACACAUAAUCUACCACAAAAUACUUGUGUGAGAGUUAAUUCGACAUUUUCGUUCUUUUCCACGUUAAUACUCAUCUUUCCUUUGGUAAGAAUGUAGACAUCACUCACGAAGUUUCAAGUAAUCCACCCACCCCACAAAAAAAUAACUCUUGCAUGCAUAGUAUGGCUAUGUUUUUUUCCUUGUGAACCACUCCAAGAUUAGGGUUCAGUAUUUCUUUGUCGAACAAUGGAAAGACGGGGUUAGUAUUUCGAACACCAGAAUAUCUUGCGCAAAGUCGUCCCUCGAUGUUUUCUAAUAUUUUUUCACCUACACCUUUUUAGCUCAGAGCUGCUCAAGACUUUUUCUAAAUGGAAGACGGUCGACAGGAUUUUACAAUUUACAAAGACUUGAAAUCGCCUCCCUGCUCGGAAACCAGAGAUACAUUCGUGCGUGGUGUGACAUGCAAGGACCUGAUGGCGGAUGGAUUCUCCUUCAACAGCGUAGUGGUGCUAAGUUUAACUUUUACAGAGACUGGAAUUCUUACAAAAAUGGAUUUGGUAAACCCAAGCUCGGGUACUGGCUUGGAAAUAGGCACAUGCAUACUCUAACGUUCAAAAGAAAGUACCUUCUUAGAUUUGAAUUCCCGAAUCGUUUUGAUGAGCGAAACCAAACACUGUUUUUGGAGUAUGAUAAUUUUAAGGUGUUGAGUCCCUUGACUGAUUAUGUCAUUCAAAUCGGAAAAUGUCGAGGUAAUACGGUUGAUCUCUUCCCAAACAUCAACAACUCUGCGUUCUCCACUUGGAAUCGGGAUAAUGACGGGGUUCAAUACCUAACAUGCGCAUGGUUGAAUAGAGGAGCUUGGUGGUAUAGAGGAGAUUGUUCGGUACCUGACCUCAACAGCAUGGUCCAAUUCACCGGGAUUAGAAUUGUCAUGAAAGCAAGAGAACUCUUGAGAGGUAAAGUUCUUGAAUAAAUAGUUGUUUCGAGAAAGUCUGUCUGAUUGAGGUGGAAAAAUUAAUUGUAAAAGACAAGCUGAUUGUCGGUACUUGACUGAAAUUUACUGUCUUUUACCUCCAAGAAAGGAGAAUAAAUUUUAAUCUUAUGUGUACUUCAACAGCCCAUCCACUUUAGAUGGUCGCUUACCGUCAUUGAUUCGCUCUGGAAAGGAAGGCUGUCUUGAUACAGAUGGAUAUUUCAUCCAAAUGACCGCUUCCAAUCUUAUUAAAAUAAAAACCAAAAUAGAAUCUUUGCAGUUUUCAGCUUGACCUCCCUUUCCUGGACUUAUCAGCAGCCAAUUAGUUCGAAAUGACCAUCGUGUCCACAACCUCGCGGAAUUCCAGUACGUAAUAAAUAAUGAAAACACAGACUACUUCAUUUAUUCACUACCAUUUUAAAAUUAAAAAAGAAACCACCGAACAGUUACUUGUAGCUCCGGCCAAACAAAUGAUAUUCCUUCAUUCCAUAUCCACAGGUAACUGUAAUUCAAAAGAAAUCCCUCGCAGAAUUGAAUGUGGAUGGCCUAACAUCACAAAGGAGCAGUGUUUGGCACGGGAUUGUUGCUACGACAGCACAUAUGACAAAUAUACAAAUGACAGCGGCAAAGUUUAUUGCUUUGUUCAGCCUCAUCUCGGUGAGUAAAGGUGCGAGUACCCCAACUCGACAAUGUGUCUCAUUUACAGAAAUGGGAGGUAUUGUUUGCGGAAUUUUUAUCUCAUCGCGUACCAGUACCUGCAAAUUGUGUUUAGCUGAUAUGUUCAAAAUGAGCCUGGCAAAGGAGUUUAAUAAUAUUUCCCCUGUUACAUCAUUUCUAAGAUGAGAGUUUUUAAAUAAUUCUUUUUUGAUAAUUGUUUUUAUCAUAUAAACUACGGUGUUACACAAGGAUUUUCAUCCCCGAGAAGAGCCGUAACAUCACACUUAAAAAAAUACGAUAUUUUUCCACGUGUGUUUGAUAUCGUCAAUCAGCUGCUGACAGGUCACUCGCCUUUCGCGCCACUAAGUCAGGUUUACAAAUGAAUAGUAGAGCCUUCACCAUUCUAAAUCUAAGGUCAUUUGUCGGAAUCUUUUCGGAUUAUAGCUGCUAAAAAACUGAAAAAUCCGUAUCGCUUACAGACAGUGAUGUUCAAACUUUCCUAGAAGGGGAAGAAAACCAAAAAACGAAAAGAAAAACCGAAAGUUACUUAUUCAGUGGCUUUGGCAAUGGCAUUUCUCGCGGCUGAAAACCAAAAUCGACUACUGGACGAUUUGCCACAGGCCGAUUUUGGCCGUGUACCUGAAAGAUUUCGUCUGUCGGUAAGGACCAGUUCAACAAUUGAGAAUUUUGUAUAUUGAAAAUAGGCCCAUUGUUUGUUGUUAGUGAUUCAAAGCAUGUUUUCAUCUUGAGUGUGCCAACGCGCUUUGCGAUUUUUAUGUGAGGAUUGUGGAUCUUUUUAAUUUCAUUAAUUAAUAAAGUCUACUUUUCUUGUCAGUAAAGGACUAUUGUGUUUGUAUGAUAAAAAAAAAAUAAUACAUGGUUGCUUGUAGAUACUAAAUCUCUCUCCUCGUGUUCAACUCGAAAUUUCUUUCGUUCGCUACGCUCACUCGUGAGCUAUCGAGUUAAACACUGGAAGAAAAAUUCCAUAUCUACGCGCACCCAUGUAUUAUUCUCUAUGUAAUGUUAAGAGUCUUUUUUCAAUGUAAGUGAUUCAUUUUGAAGCUGUGUUCCUUAUAAGACGAAUAUCCGAGAGAAAAGUCAGAGUGCUAGCCGGAAAAAGAAGAAAUGAAUCACGAAAAACUCUUCUUGACUUAUUUAAAUAACACAAGAUAUUUCAAAGAAACCACUACCCCUCAGUGGUAGAACUUUCAACUUGUCUGUGUGGUAAAUAUUCUUCAUUAAAUACUGUGAUCUAAGAAAAUGUAUAUUUUUGAAAUAUUAUUGAUGUGGAAAACGUGUCGAAUGACUGUCUAACCAUAAUGAUUCGAUUAGGCGUCCUCGUUCCCAUAAACACCCCCUCUCUAGUAAGCGACCAUGUAUGAAUACUCUCAUACUUAUGAGCGCCCCUAUUCCAAUAAGCAUCCCCUUCUUUUUGAGUGAUAGCACUUCACAUACAUACUACUGUGGUUCAUCUUCUUCAAUUGCUCAUUUAAAGUCUUAUCAUAAAAACAGCGGUUUUUGUCUCAGUCUCUCGACUAUUAUGUCUUUGUGAGUUCGCAGUUCCUUUAAACUUCUUUUUAAACUUCUUAAUAUUUUGUAACGAUUGGCUCGCUGGUCGUUCUAGCUAGGAAGGAUCCAGGAACAACAAGGCGGUUUUCCAGUCCUCUUGAUCCUUUUGGAGGAAAGCUUUGUUUCGCACAUUCUGUUGUUUAUAAAAGAGAAAUAAGGACCCUUUCCCUACUAACUGCCCUGUGUCGAAUAACCUUUAAGGAAACUAAAGCAAAUUAAUAAGCGCCCCAGGCGCUAAAUCUAAUUAUUAUGGUAGUGUUGAAAUUGAACUUGAUCAGGUUGUCACAUAUUUUUUCAUAGAGCUUAUUCUUAUUGUUCCAGAGUAUUUCACCAACAGAAUAGUUUGGCGAACUAUUUGAGUUUGUGCACCUUUUCUGCUGAGCCGCAAGCUGCCUUCUAGUGACUGAAUAAUGCACUUAGCCCUGCCCGCCUCCUAAACCUGGUGCAUACUUCUAUUUGGACUUAUAGGCCACCGAGCAACUAAAAUUAUAAGUAGGUUUUGACCAGGCCGAAAGCGACAUUAUUAUCGUUUCAAAAACGCUUAGAGCAGAGUGAUAGAUCGAGUCAGCAGGAGACAUUUCCUGUAAACCUCGCCGAAAGCACUAUCUAUUAGCUUAAUGUUAACAAACUUUUGAUAUCCUUCUUACCCAACAAGUGAUGGUUGAGCGAAUUGGCUGCUAUUCUGUUGAGAGUGAGGUGAUAUCACUACAUCAAGACUACUCUUUAGAAAUUGUCAAAGCCUGCAGCUCUGUGGCGUGGUCACGUGGUCUUAAAUCUUUUGCCGUUCGCAAUGGUAGCGAAUGCCUUAGUGACGAGAACUUGCCCUUUGUGUUACCUCGACUAAAUGCUUCGAAAGGAUGUUCUGGGGGUCGAGGGGGACGAAAAGUGGCUGAUGUUUAUCACCUUACAAGUAAGAAAGCUUUUUCCCUUUGUGAUAUUGGAAAUAUUCUCACCAUUUCAUUUCUAUACAUCAACAAACCAGUACAAUUUUUCAUAACUCGAAUGGCUAAUCAUGCAUCUGCCCAUUCGUCUGUCUGUCCUUCCUCCUGGCCGCCCAUUCUUUCUCUAGUACCUCCAUAUGUCGAUCCAUUUUUCCAACCUUCCAAAUGCCCGUCCGUUUCUCAUUUCAUCGUUGGAUAGGUCCCUAAAUCUCUUUUUUUCCUGUUUAUUUGUUUGUCGUCGCAAAUUAACUACAUCAUUCAUUGGGAUCAAUGUAUCAUUCGUCAAUUAGAUAACAAAGAAUAAUUUUUUUUAUAGCCUUAGCUACAUCAAGUGACCAAUAGAUGUCUUUAAAGAUACGAAAAAGGCCAUCUACACAGUUUGAAAAUAAUUCGAGUGAAAAUAAGCCAGAAAGAGGAAAAAUACUCUCAGUUUUAUUAAAGCAAACUACUCUUUGUUUUCUUUCAGUGUUUGUCUCCGGUCCAACUGGAAUCAGAGUCAGCAACGUAACACAUACAAGUGUCCGCGUGGAUUGGAACCCAGUCCCAGAACUUUUUAUCCUCGGCUAUAAAGUUCUUGUACAAUAUAUCCCUCUCAAUGAGACCCUCCCUUGGAAUAAGACUUAUGCUCUAGUUGCAGGCCUCCAAAGCAACACUAAGUACACCAUAAGCAUAUUACCAGUUCAUGGUUUAACAGAGAAAAGGCACCCUGUAUUUCCAGAAAAUGCAGCAAGCAUCAUUGUAUCCACCAAGCGAGAGCUAGGUAAGAAUAAAUUCAAGAUUUUGCAGUUCUUAUAUUUUGUCAAAUUUCUGCAUAACGCAGACAUAAAUGCUAGAAGUAUCAAAUUUUUUUUGACGCAAACUAAAGUCGUGAAAGUCCCCGGAGCCAUUAAGGGUCCAACAUAGGUUUGGCGGAAUGUGGGAUGAGGCUUAGAAUCGAGGCGGGAUUUGGGAUACGAGAUUCUUUAGAGGCGAGAUACUAGAUGAAAAUAGGAAGGCGAGACCGGGGUAUGCUUCGUUUGUAAGGCGGGGUAGGGGAUAUGACGGGUACAGGCGUGAUCAUGAAAACUAUUUAUUUGCUUUAGAAACCGGAUUAAUUCAUGCUCCCGUGUAAAUUGGUGUUGACAGGCCUAAAUGACUCUGUACUAUGUCCAGUUUUCUCGGUACUAACUACAAGCGUUUAGACAACUCCAUGGUAUGUCCGGGUUUCUCACCAUCGUUACAACUUUGCUCUCGCGAGUAUGUCUCAGUAAACGCCCCCUUUUGUAUUAUUGGCUGUUCUUUGAAGAUUUCUUCCAGCAGUGGUUGUUGCUAUAGUAAUUUGCUCAUAAAGAUUUCUUUAGGGUUUGGAACUGUUGAAUGGUAUUUUGUUAUUACAAAGGGCAAGAUUCAACUGUUCGUUUUUCCGUGUUGGAGAAGGGCCCGUUUACGUCCUUUAAAUUUCACUUCUGAGAGUGGGUUGUAGAUACAUUUUUUCGGGUAGCCUUUCUCAUCCAGGUAUCUUUUGAACUGUCUAAUAAAAAUUUCUUUUGAAGUAGUAGUCCUUAGGGGUCGUAACGCUUCGCCUUCAACGAAGCCUUUCUUUGCUCCCGGUGGAUGACACGUGUUUUAGAAUCAUCUUUGUUAUCUAUUGGUACGUGGAAUGUCCCUGUUGGCUUGAAGUGGGUUCUCAUGUCGAGAACUGACUCCCUGUUGAAUCUUUCACCCUUAUAGAUAGCAGUGUCUAAGAAAGUAACUUCCGAAACAGAUAUUUCAGCCAUAAAUGUGAUUGUUGGGUGGUGUUUAAUAACUUGUUCAAUGAACUGGUUGACAACAUAUCAAUUAGUGUGCAAGAGAGAGAUUAUGUCGUCGAGUAGCAUUUCCAAGGGAGCGCAAUUAUCUAGAAUUUGCAUUUCGAUUUUAGCCAUGAAGAUAUUUGCAAAAGCUGCUGCCAUUUUUGUGCUCAAAGGCACUUCUGUGCGUUUGCAAGUAAUUUUGUUCGUUGAAUUGAGAUGAAUUUUCUAGUAAAAACAGCCUAAGUGCUUUCUCUUUAGUAAGCGCCUGGUAAGCGCUUUGGAAUGGUGCAGAGGGGGGUAGGGGCGGGGCUUGAGGGUAUAUUUGUGUAUAAACUCGUAACGUUUAUUGAAACGAGUAUCACUUGUUUCGGAAGCUUUAUUUUUUCUAUGAAGUUGAUGAAGUCUGUUGUAUCUUUGAGGUAUGACUUCUGUUGACAGGUGAUCGGCUGAAGGAUUUUAUCUAUGUAACAGGAUAGCUCUUCUGGUGGUCUUUCCGUGGGUGGAAAUUUUGUCUCACUUAAACACACCGAGGGACAACUGUUUUUUUUGAGGUGGCUAAAUAUGCGUUGCUUUUUGCAUGAUGAGAGUACAUUACAAAUAUUGUAAAGGCUAUAACCUCAUAAUUUUAUAUGGCGUUGAACUAGAGCAACUUAUGUUAAACUCGGCGAGAGUGGGAUGAAAAUGUUUAUUGUAAUGGAUUUGCUAGAUGGAAAGAAAAAAGCGGAGAGAUGUGGCGUUGGAAAUUUAAUUGAUUAGACAAAUUUACGAGCUAUGUUACAAUUAACAAUUGGUUUGUACGUCAGCGUGCGUUCAUCAAGAUAUGAAGCACGCGGGAAGUUUGGAGAGCACGAAAGACUCUAGCUUCUUGAGUGAUUUGAGAGGGAGAAAAGAGAGGAUUCAUAUGUUAUUUAUCGGCUUGAGGUAGUGACCGACGUGUUUGCUUAAAAAUACUGCCCAGCCGGAAAAACGAUAUAUAUUUUUAUAAAAUAAUUCAAAUAGUACGCGCGCUCUUAUUGGCCAUAAAACCAAUUUUCAUGAGCGUAUGUAAACACGGUUUCCGUUCCUCUUUCAUUAGUUAUUUUAUAAAAGAAAUGUAACAUGGUUUCCGUGUUUACAUAGCCUGAUGUAAACACACGGGAGGUUGGGAGAACACGAGAUAAGCCUAGGAAACCACGACGCGAAGCGGAGUGGUUUCCAGCUUAUCGAGUGUUCUCCCAACCUCUCAAGUGUUUACAUCAGGCUAUGUAAACACGGAAACCAUUUUACAUUUCUUCAAUGAAAAAUGACAACGAAAGUUGGGACGUACUCGGCAACUCACGAAAGCAUUACCGUGGCCCGUGGGCAGAGAUAGGAAAAAAAUGACUGGGUAAAGAACCAAUCAGAUUGAGGGAUUCGUUACCGUGACCUCUGAAAGAAAAAUAAGGAGGGCAUAUUUGCUCGAUUGUGAAAAGAUUGUCACCUAAAAAGCAUUAUUCACGAAGGAUGAAACCCAUCUAUCUUAUUUGCAGCAUUCAUUCAUUACCUUCAUUCGCACAUAUCCUUUUUCUUUACCAUAAACAUUUUCUUUUUUUUCAUGAGGAAUUCUCCUUCCAAUGUCUACUAGUCAUCACGUGCAAUUCAUGUUCGUCCACCGUAACUAAGAGAGCAAAAUAUCGUGUAAAUGAAAUUUCAAAUCUUCAUAUGCAUACCUUGGCGAUCAAAUGUAUAAUUAAAAUUAAGAUUUCAAAUGCUAUCAUUUUUGGGAAGAUCUUUCGGUGAUCUACUGAUCCUUCAUGAGCAUAAUAAUAAGAUAAUGUAAGAUAUUAUAUAAUAUGCCGUUGAUAUUAUUAUUUUCACCAGCUCCGUCUCUCGCUCCUGACCUGAUAACAGCUUGCGCCACAAGUCCCACAAGUCUGGCGGUGAAAUGGAGUCACUUGGCAGAAGAAAAAUUUCACGGAAAGCAGAUCGGUUACAAUAUCUCAUAUUAUUCGGUUAAAUUAGAAAAGAAUAUUAAUUUUGUGACUGUAAACUACACGAAAACUACAACAACACUAAUCAACUUGACAGUUUACACGAUGUAUGUCAUUAACGUAUCAGCGGUGAGUUCUGGAGGAACAGGACCGGCAAAGACUGUAAAGGCCCGAACAGACGCAGAAGGUAAGGCGAUGUGGAAAAUGGCUUUCGGUUUGGGAGCUUUUGGAAAAAAAAACCUUCUAGAAUUAAGAACCACGAGACCGCCUUGGAUAGAAAUUUCACACCUUUCGGCAACCCUUAAAGCAAUCUGCUUAAUUUUCGAAUGAUUUUCUCAUUUGCGGCCAAUGCUACAUAUAUCUUGUUAAAACACGAUAAUAAACUUAAAAUUUUAUGUGAAUCAGAUAACAACAUCCUAUGAAUAAGCUUAUUGACAGGAGUGUUGUAUGUCGCCUAACAACAUAUCCCUUCCAAACUUAGUGAGUUUAUAUUUGGUUUUUGUUAAACAUUUUCUACGGGCUAGGAUGAACUUAAAAUCUUAUUGUUUUUCGUUUAGCUCCAUCCAGAGCUCCUGACAAGGUAGCUGCACAAAACUCCAGCUCCACAGGUCUAAUAAUAAAAUGGAGUCACCUGGCGGAGACAGAAUUUCAAGGACAUCCCACUGGUUACAAAAUAACCUUCCACCCAGCUAAUGUAGAGAAUAAAGUUAAUUUUGUGAUCUUAAACUACACAAGAAAUACGACAACACUGACCAACUUGACUGUUUAUACCAAGUAUGUCAUUAAUGUGUCUGCAGUGAGUUCUGGAGGAAUAGGACCAGCAAACGCAUUAGAAGCCCAGACAGACGCAGAAGGUACCGUCGCAUCGAUGAUACUUCAAUGAGCCAAUUUUUUUUUUUUUUUAAUAGACUAAAGGAAGGGAAAUGUCUUAUAUCUCUAAACCUCUUGGGUUUAUGGUUUAUCGAUAUUUAAGAUAAUUCCGUUUAAAAUCGAUAAGUUUGAGAGCAUCUAUCAUUUCAGACUGUUCCAAGUUUUGAGACAAAUUUGAAGUUCGUCGUCGAUUUAUUAUUAUUAAAUCAUUUUCAAUCUCCCUCAGCUCCUUUUAGGGCUCCUGACUCGGUCAUCGGUUACAACUACAGCUCAACCAGUCUGGUAGUAAAAUGGCGUCACCUACUACUGGAAGAUUUUAGAGGAAAACCCAUCGGUUACAAAAUCACAUAUUACCCAGUUAACUCAGAGAAUGACGUUAUUUCUUUGAGUGUAAACUACACGUCAAAUACCACAACACUGACCAACCUGACGGUUUAUACAAUGUAUGUCAUAAAUGUAUCAGCGGUGAGCUCUGGAGGAAUAGGACCUGCAAACACAGCAAAGGUUCGAACAGGCGCAGAGGGUAGGAAGGUUUCUAUAAAACAGUCAUCCAAAGAUGAUUCAAAGAUCAGUAAUCCAUUGGUGAUCAGGAGAAUCUUGAUCGGUGCUUUCUUCCAAAAUUUUAAUUGUGUUAGCUCUUAAUUUGCGUAGUUUGGUAGAAGACUUGCACAUAAGCAAUGUGCCGCAUUCUUAAGUUUUCGUUAAAAGUUCUCAAUUGAUAUCACUGUUGUCGUGUCAGCAAGUGAACUUGGAGUGAUUUUCUAUUUUCCAGUUCCCUCAAACGCACCUCGUCAAGUCUUGGUGAGUGCAAAGAGUUCCAAAAGUUUGCAUGUUUCCUGGACUGCUGUUCCUCAAAAACAUCACCACGGAAAGAUCCACAUGCACAAGAUCUAUAUCAGCCUGGCUACUCGGCCAAGCAACUAUAUCAAUUCAUAUUUCGCGUUCAAUCCAGUCGAGUACAACAUAACUGACCUCCGUGUUUUCACAUUGUACGUCAUUCGUGUUUCGGCGGUGAAUGAGGCAGGAGAGGGACCGAAAAGUAGAGCUGUUACAGCAAGAACUCUGGAGGGCGGUGAGUUUAAUUUCAUAUCAGAGGGAAAAAGAUAGAUACUGAUAUUGGUGUAGAUCUAUAAAAAUUUUUGGUAACACCCACGUGCAUUAUAUGCAUUUCUCUAGUGCCCAGUGCACCCCCGAGGAAUUUAAGUUUGGUUCGUAGCGACUCUUGGUCCAUCGUCGUGGAAUGGAAACCAGUCCCUAUGGGCUAUGAGAAUGGUGUAAUCAAAGGAUACAAGCUGGUAUACAGUGUAAAGAAUUCCAGGAAUUCUAUGUCUAUGGUUGAUGAAUCAAUUUAUUCUGAGAAUACUGCUGUUCUCUCUGGAUUGGGCUUUGACACUUGGUACUCAAUCCGAGUGGCUGCUUUUACAAGGGUUGGUUCUGGAAAUUUCUCGGAGUCAAUCAAAGUGAGAACAAAAAUGUGUAAGUAAAGCUCCAUCACGUCCUUUAGCAAGACCAAAAAUUUACUUCUCGAUCACAUGGUCUAAAAUUUCAAAGGAUGGGUGUACUCUUGUCAACUCAAGUAGAUACGAUGAAAGGGGACAGGUGAUAAAAUCUAGAAGGGUUGGGUGAUUUGCGCAUAAAAAGACAUAGCUAGCUCACCUAUCUUUAUGUAUUCAUUGAUUGACUUCUUCAUCUUAUCCUAUACAUCUAUCGUUUUGUUUUUAUCCACCAACCUCAUCUAUAAUGUUCGUUAAUUUUUAAGUUGACCAAUGUGAAGGUGUAAUUUGCUCAAAUGGAGGGACAUGUAUACUGACGUCUGAAUCCUACAGAAAUACGAGUAAGCCUUGUGUCUGCAAAAAACAGUUUGUCGGAAGAUACUGUGAUACUUAUCUUGCUGGUAAGGAUAUAAAAACAACUUUCCGAUUCUGAAUUCAGCAUCGUCAAGAUUAUUGUGUCUUCAAAGCGCCAGAAUCUAAGACUUUUCAAUCUUUGUUCCCCAGAGCGUUCAUGUCGAAGUCCGACUGUUAAGCUGCCAAGUUUGUCAUCAAAUGUAACGUCCUUCUUAACUGUGCGUCGAGCCAAUCGCCUAAUAAUCUCUUCAGAGGUCAUUCUUGAUUGUGAGCUUUCCUCCGAAACAGUAUUUAACUGGGAUGUGUACGAUCUGCAUUCGCAAUCACGUGAACACCCAGUUCUCUCAAAAUAUGGUGGAUCUUCAGAAUUUCUCAUAAGACGAGGCAAGCUACUAAUGGGUAUCUAUGUGGUGCGACUGACCGUAAAAAUGGCGGGAACGCAAGUGUUUGGUUUCAGUGAGGGCUACAUUCGAGUAAUUGAAAGUCCAUUAGUUGCGCAUAUAGCCGGAGGAACGAAAGUGGAGAGAAGAUUUAAUAAAACUUUGGUGUUCAAUGCCUCCUUGUCACGUGACCCCGAUUCCUUCCAUCCUCCUCACGGUAAGUUGACUACUUUGCUUUUCUUAAUUUACCGGGGCAGCGGCAAUCUUACCCAUUCUAAAAUUUACGCUUAUCAUAAACAGAGCCCCCGCAGAUUGCGGAAAAAAAUAUCUUUCCAACAGACGAUUUGUAGUCUACGAUCGGGUUACGUUCCUUCUUUUACUUUGUUGAGUCUUUUUCUUUCUCCCAGUUCCAUUUCGUAGGAUUUCUUUUCCCCUGCUGGUAACUUUUCUAGUUUGAUGCUGUUUACUCUUUAUUUUCAAACGGAAGUAAGUGAAAAAUUUGGUUGACUAGCCUCUAGAAAGAGUUGUCUCAAGACCAUAGACGUCUUCACACACUGCGACCUUUUCUCAUCUCGUCGAAUGUGAGAUUUGGUUGAUGAUUAAUGCUAAAUAGUUUGGCUCUCCUACACUGCAUUUUAUUUUAGGUCUUCGAUUUACGUGGAUAUGCAGAGAUUCUUCACAAAAAUUUUCUGACGAUUUACUUCAAAUGCCUGUGGCCCUGCCAAGUCCUUCAGCUGCCAAUCUCGACCGUGGAGGAUGUUACGGGACUGGAGCGGGCAACAUAGGCGGCAACGAUUCUAUCGUCAGUAUUGACAGUGGGUAUAUGACAGAGAAUAAUUCGUAUUUCAUAACAGUUGUGGUCGAGAAGCAUCCGAGAAGCGCGUAUUUCACACAGGAAGUGGUUAUUUCUCCUGGUGAUCCUCCAGUAGUCGAAAUAAGGUACGAUGAUAGAACACAUAAAAAAACAGGAUUAACAAAGUUUCUUUUUCGAUUAUUUAAGAGGGCUCUGAGCCUACGGGAAAGAUUUUGUAUACUUUAAAGAAAAAUGAACGGCACCAAAGUCGGUUUUGAGCUACAGGUGCAUUAACCUCAAGGUACAUCUAAUAUUAUGUAUUGGUCCUGUAGUAAACUCAUUUGUCAAAAACUGAUCACAACCUUUAGAGAAGUGAUUUGACAUUUUUCGGACAGCAAAAUUUGUAACUGAUGGCUUUUCUUGCGGGCCAAAUAUUGUAUUUUGUCCAGCGCAAAUGAAGACUUGUAAGUUACCACAAACACAGAAAAACAUGCUGGCCCGAAAACAUAGAAAAAAGUAGAUUAACUCAAAACAUGCCCGUAGAAAAAUAUUUCAAAAUUGGUAAAUUUUACAAGAUAUAUCUUUGUUCUGCGUCCUUUUAAAUGAAUUCAUUUUUUUGUAUCCAAGAUGUGUAGAUAACUGUGACUCAAAAGCGAAUCCUUCUCGUCGUUUAGCGCUUGAGCGACUGUGUGAGAAGGUUGACUGCGAAAGAGACCUUUCCUACCAAUGGACUCUCUUUGAGGCAGUAGUAGCGAAUGAGUCUAAAUGGAUUCAGGUCAGUGAUUUACAAGAAAAAAUUCGUACACGAUUGAACUCGCCGAGAAUCGUCACAAAGCCUGGGGUGCUGAGAUUUAAUAAGAUUUACAAAUUCGUACUGACUGCUAAACGCCGCGAAGGGCAUCCGGGUUACUCAGAGUACCAGUUCGCCACUAAUGGCUCCCCCACAGAGGGAAAAUGUAACGUCACCCCUUUGUCUGGAAGAACGCUGGAGACCACCUUCAUUUUGGAGUGCAGUGGUUGGGAAGAUCCAGAUCGUCCCUUGCAGUAUUCCUUCAUUUAUUUCACCGAUGACGAUUUUCCCAAUGUUGUACACAAAGGGAUGGAAAGCAGGAAGAAGACAAAGCUUCCCGCUGGAAAAAAGAUAAACAACUUUACAAUUGACUUUCGUGUACGAGUGGCUAACAUGUUCGGAGCCUUUACUGAAGUGAGGACUCCUGUUCAGGUAUGAAAGGGGAGCAUUUAGAGAAAGUUAUUUAGGGCCGCUUUAUUCGGAAGGAAGGAAAGUUUGAAGGUUACUUUUCUAUAUCAAUGAAUGGUGAGAAUAGCGUAUGAUAUCUUGCAGUAGUGGUAAAUUGAGACGUGUAAAUUCUGACCAAUGCUCAGUACCCCUUUAAGAAAUGUGUGACCGCCUUCUUAGCUGGAAGUUUGGGGAAGACACUCUUGUAGAAAGCACUUAUGAUGGUCCCUGCCCUUACCCAUCUCGGAAUCAACUGUAGUGCGGGCUUCGUCGGUGAUCCCGUAAAGUAUGGACAAAAAUUCAUUAAAAACGUGCCGCUUCUGCCAAUUUCUUUUGACGAUUCUUCAUUGAAAUGAUUCUCUUCUGCUUUGCCUCUUAUCUAAUAUCAGGUACUACAGCAUCAGAUAAACGCGGUCAAGCUGUUAGAACGCGCUCUUCAGUUGACAACUGGAAACCAGAGUCAGUUCAAUAAAUUACUUCAGUCAGGUGACGUGUCACAGGCUGUUCAGCUGGCCAAAGCGGCUAUUGUGGCUGUCGAUGAUGAUAAGAGAAUUCCUAAGGAUAAGCUCAAAGAAUCGAGAAAAGCGGUGAGUGCACAACAAAUAAAAUCAAAUUGCUCACUCUCAGCAUUCUCCACUGCUCGGGAAGGGGGAAAGGUUCUCCGUUUUAUAUGAGCAGCGUUGGUCCUUAAUACGUUGAUUAGGAUGUUACUAUCUAUUUAUUACGUAUUUAAUUUCUCUUAAACACUGAGAAAAAACUUGCAUAAUUGCACUAUUAAAAUAAUUCGGAGAUAAUAACGAUUUUUCAUUAGCAGUUUAUAGUUUAUAGUUAAAGAGGAUAUUUAUAUGGAAUUAUAAUACUGAGUUGUAAAUGCUGAUCAUGACUAGCCUUUCUUGACAACAGGUUGCAUUUAUGGACGUCAUUUUUUUACAGGUGAAAUCCAGCAUUGUCAAGCAGUUGUCUGCUGUACAAGUGGAGACUGUGGAAAGAAUACAGCAGACAUCAAAUGUUAUAGCCGAGGCCGUCUCGAUUGUUAACGAAGUUACCGUAGAGGCACAGGUAUAUGUAGCCUACUGGAUUUUUGUAAAUAAACAUUUGCAGUUAUAAACUUCCUCAGUUUGAAGGGAAAGGCCAGCGAGCUUUUUAGUCAAUCUUUUCCGAUCCACCACCUUUAAAGGAAAAAGGGUAAAGUCUAAUUUGUAUUUUCUCCUCGAAUGCCACUUUGUGACGCCUGAAUGCACGCUAAUAAGUUGAUAAACUUUCAGAUAGCUGCAGCAGAUGCCCUUCAGUCGAUGACUAAAGUUUUGAAAGAGGAGUCUUCCGCAGAUAAAAGCUACGAAGAGCUUCUGGACGGUGCGAAGAGUCUUGCCGCUGGGCUCGGUAGCAUGCUCAAGGUGUUUUCUUACAGGGCUAGAGAGUACGAGGCACGCAACACUCACCAGUCAGAUUCUGAAAACGUACACCGUCAACGAAGAAGCAUUCGUUCUCUAGACCCUGCUGUCCAACCAAGUUCAAAGCGAGAUGCUGCAGCUGAGCUGCAACAAGCGAAGAACGAGGUACAACAACGUGACAUUUCUUAUGGUUUCCUCCAUAUCUUGAGGAGCAAUGAGGUCCCGCUUGCUGAAAAAAAGCGGGAAGUCGUGACAUCGUGAAUUUUUGUUAGGGUUUGAGGAGGUUGAUGCUAAACCGAAUUAAUGCUCUCGUUCCUUGCAGUCUGCUUAGAACCGAUUUAGCGGAACUUUAUCAACCAAUCGGUCUAUUCAUAAAGUGAGAGCUAUCUCUUAGGUUAAAUCACUUCCUAAAUUGUAUCACCAUUUCUUAUUUAAUGUUCAUGAUAAUUAGUCUUGUUAAUCCAACUUGGUUUCAGCCAUAGGCUUAGCCUCGUCUGGGUUCCAUUAAGACUUAUAACUUUACCUUGCAGUCAAAAGCUCGAGCUCUGGACCUUUUAAAGUCGCUGGACGAUGUCGGAAGUACGAUCUUGUCCCGAACCCUUGUCGGAGAGAAACCAAGAGAGCUUUCAUCCCGUUGGGUGUUUCUGCUUGUAUUUCGAGAGGAACCUUACUUUUUGUCAGGGUCAGUUUUGUUUAACCAAGGCUACAGCUUCGCGCUUCCUUCAGAUUUAAACCUGUUUGGCAAUGGUACACGGUUUUUGGAUAGCCAGGUAUGAAAUUGACGUUAACUGUUCCGCCUCUGAUCAGUUUUCUGAAUGUCGCAAUCAGUCAGUUUCUUGGCCUACUUCACGCUCAACAUACUAUGAAUUAAUGCCAAACACAAACUGAAUUAAUGCAUAAUUGUGUUUAGGAAAGAAUCAACAAAAGCCGGCUCCUUAUUAUGUUCAUUAAUUAACAUUAUAAUAAAUGUUUACCUUACGUUGUCGUACCACUGGAAGAAAUGUUUACCUUACGUUGUCGUACCACUGGAAGAUCAUAGUGAACUUAAUGCCUAUUAAUACCUCAUUAGCCUUAUAUUUCACAUGCAAUUUCCAUUAAUUUUAAGAUAUCUUGAGUGGUCUCGUCUGCCUAUAGAAGAGCUCGGGAAGUCUACUGUAGGUGGAGAAGAUAGAUAAGCAGGGUCACAUUUCCUAAUUGCGUUUGUAUUUCAGAUGAUUACAACGAGUUUUGUAUCCUACUCUUGGCACCCUUCAGCGGCGAGAUUGACAACUGGAAUUUCCAGUCUUGAGCUAAAGAACAGCUCUGGGCAUCUUCUGAAUAUGUCAGAACUGACAACGCCGAUGAUUAUCAAACUGCGCAAUAAUCAACACUUAAUUAACACUUCUCGAUCACACUCCAUUGGUGCCCGUAAGACUGUGUUCCACAAGAUAAAUGUCACCCAUCUGGGGAUAGCUCUGAUACUGAAGAUUCGUCCUGAUGAAAAAAAAACAGAAUUGUUUGUGACUCUUAAGUUUGGAAAGCGACCUUCUGCUAAUAACAGUGAUAUAAACGCAACCGUCCCUAACUUCUCAUCCUGCGCUCAGACGCCAUCUGGUUCCUAUGUCAACUGCUCAAGUGAUCCAUUCGAGGUGUUUGUAAACAGUAAGGUCAUCAAAAAGACAGGUGUUUACUUCAUUGGAAUACAAGUUAAGUCAAAGAGUUUUUCUAGGAAGAGGCGGUGCUCGGGGCAAGGACGGUCCAAACGCGCAUGUGUGCAAUAUAAGGAAGUCCCUGCAGCAGAUGAUACUAAAACAGGGCAAUCCCCCAAUGAUCCUCAAUUCAGUAAAGGUAAUGAAAAUUACACCAUACAAGUGAUGCCAGCUGCUUGUCUCUAUUGGAAUAAUGUAAUUUCUGAGUGGACAUAUGAUGGAUGUGAGGUAAGUGAACCUUUUUGAUCAGCGUCAAUAUAAUCUAACCAUUCACUUAAGAAAAUCAAGUGCAGACCUAACUUCAUAUAUAAAAUUUAGAGCUCUCUCAUUGACGAUAGCGUGCAUGAUUAACAGGUGGCUGAAACUACAACCAUGGACAUGAUUCACUGCCACUGCAACCAUUUGACUGCAUUUGGAGGUGAAUUGUUUGUGGCACCAAACCCCAUCGAUUUUGACAAAGUAUUCAUUGAAUUACAACACAUCCCAGAGACUGGAAACGUAGCUGUUAUAAUAACAGUGAGCUGUGUGUUCGGACUUUACUUAAUGCUUAUACUGUGGGUUCGAAAGGCUGACCAGAAGGAUGCUUUGAAGGUCAGUUAAAUUCUAAGGAGAAGAUAAUGGCGUUAUUUUACAGAUGCUUUCUGUUGAUUUCGAUUCUAUUCAAAUGAAAACAUGUCUAUUAUUAUCAUAUUUGCGUUUACUUUUUCGUCUAUUGCAGAUCGGUGAUAAACCAUUUUUGGGAUCGUUAUCACCCUGGUGUUGUCGAUACGAGAUUGAGAUAUCCACAGGCAUUUGGUCGAAUUCUGGAACCAGUGCUAAGGUGUAUCUAGUGCUUGAGGGCGAGCUGGGAUCCAGUCGGCCUUAUCAUUUAAAGAGGGGCUCCUUCAUUCCAUUUGCAAGGGGAAGCUUAACGUGUUUCACCCUCUCCAUUCCCAAUAAUGUUGGCCCCUUACGGAGAGUGCGCGUGUGGCAUGACAACUCUGGUGAAAGCCCCUCUUGGUACCUAAACACAAUCAAGAUUUAUGACGCGUUCAGUCAGGAGCUUAAGAAUUUUACUUGCCACAAGUGGUUGGCUGUUGAGAAGGCCGAUGGACUGAUAGAUCGCACUCUUGCUGCUGAUUCAACUGCCGGGAAGCGAAAGAAUUUCUGGGAAUCCUGCCGGAAUACGCUGGCCGAAAAACUCGGUGAUGGGCAUCUGUGGUUUUCUAUAGCAACCAGACCACCAAGUAGACGCUUCACUCGCGUGCAGCGCUUGUCGUGCUGCCUGUCACUUCUGUUGACUACAAUGUUGGCCAGUGCCAUGUUUUAUCAGUUUGUUCCUGGGAACGCUCAGCAACAGCGCACAUUUAGGUUGGGCCCUCUGGUCCUAAAUUUGCGACAACUAAUUAUUGCAAUGGAGAGCAUUGUUGUAGUUUUUCCUGCAAAUUUGAUAAUAGUAGGAAUCUUCAGUCACGUGGCGACCAAUGUCGACACACCAGGGCAACGUCAACAAAGAUACAAGGUCAGAGAAAGGUUUAGCAUCCACAAGGUCACCGAGAAACAUCGAUACCAAAGAGGUCAUCGGAUGACCUUACCGUAUUGCUUUGUUUACUUGGCCUGGUUCCUUUGUUUUAUCUCUUCAGCUGCAUCAGCAACUUUUAUUAUUCUAUAUAGUUUACAAUGGGGUAAAGAAACAAGCGAGGAAUGGCUUAUCUCCAUUUUUAUGUCCUUGUUUGUGGAGAUAUUUGUUACCGAACCUGUAAAGAUCGUCGUCGUGGCUUCAUUUUUUGUCAUACUUUUUUGUCAGUCGGAUGCUGACGAACUUGCUCAAACACCCGAGAAAGUCGUUCAUUUUGAUGAAGUUACCUUUGCUGAUGGCCAAAAGGAAGAUGAAAACGACGAAAAAAUUGCCUUACCAAAGCCCCUGAGCAAGAAAGAAUUACGCCGUGCGAGGAUCUAUCGAAUGCGAGAGCUGCGUAUGUACAAGGCGAUACAGAAGAUAGUCUGCUAUUUUCUAUACCUUUUGAUACUGAUGAUCAUUUGUUAUGGAGGUCGGAGUCAGUACAGUUAUUCUUUGAAAUUAUCACUUGUGCAAACAUUUGGAGAGGUAAUUGAGGUAUGUUCAACCCUUAAACCCCCAGGAGUAACGAGUCAUCUAAUUUCUCCUUACAAAAUUACCUCUGAUUUCCAUAAUCAGGUCACGGGAAUAAAGGAAAUGAUCAUCAAGUAAAGGGGCUCAUGAUAGUUAAACAAAGUCUCCUUGUCAGUACCUUAGGAAAUGUAUAGGGAACAGUAUGGAGAAUAUGGAAACUGGUGUUAUGAUGUAAAGGGCUAAGGCUCCUAUCAUUCACCUAUCCUACUAUUGGCAACUUGCUUACUUGGCAACUUGCUUGCUAUGGUAAAAAUUGAGUCCCUGUCAACUCACAUCAUCUUUGUCCUGACCACUGGGGAGGGUAAGAGUUUCUGAUAACUGAUAUAAACGUGCUCUUAAUAUAUUGAUUUCUUCGCAUUUCCAGUAAUCUCAGUAAAUUCUGAUUUUCUUUUACUCUGCAUUUCUCCGUUAGAUCUCUUCUCACGGGAACUUAUGGCAGUGGCUUCAAGACGUUCUAUUUCCAGGAAUUUACCAGGAUGGAAAGGACUUGUCGUUUUCAAAUUCUACUACUUUCACUGGAGACGGUGAUGCAGUCCUUGUUGGGAUGCCCCGCCUCAGACAGCUAAGAGUGAAAAAAGGUGCGAACAUUUAUAUUUAACAGAUAUAAGUGGUAGUAAACAUGAACAAAAUGCUUUUACGAAAUAGUCAACUCUGUCGAGCAUAAAUGAAUAAGAGGCGUACGUUUCUAAAUAAACUAUGGUGCUGGUUGUUAAGGGGUAUGACAAGAUGAUUUAGUUCAUCGACUGAGUUGAUAGUGUAAAUUGGCCACCCAAGAGAACAUCAAAUUAAUAUAAAUUGAGUUUAAAUUUUCUUUUUACCGAAAAGAGUUUGUUAAGCUGAUGUUUGAAGCGUCAGCCUUUUUGGCCAGAGCGAAAGGGUCUGACAAAGGGCUUAGUAACACUUUAAACGUACGCUUUAGAAAUUCUAUGCGAUGAGUGUUUCCUUUUGGUUGAGUUUUUCCUUUUUUCAACAUUUGGCUGAGCAAACCAAAGUUUUUUUUUUUUUUUUAAAGGUUUAUAAAAUACUGUGCACCGUUUAAGAUUUAAUUUUUAAUUUUCACCUUUUAGAUUCAUGUCAAGUCGUUAAGGAAGCGAAAUCUAUUUUCAACUCUUGCAUCGGGUCAUACUCACCAGAGGCUGAAGAUAAAACGGAGUUAUAUCGGCCAAGAUGGCUUCCACUUUCAUCGUCACAGAAUACCUCAGCUGAAACAUUGAACAAGGUCUGCCCCAGGCCCUGGCGUUACUCUAAAGCAGAGCAAACCGAAAGCCUUCCUUUCUGGGGAAGACUUUAUCCUCUUUACAGUCAGGGUGGUUACCUAGCAGAACUGGGUUACGACAGAAAGUCUGCCACGAAAGUCAUUUCUGAGCUGAACAUCUUUAACUGGUUUGACAAGUACACUAGUAUUGUAUUGAUUGAAUUUGCAAUUUUCAACCCUCAUGUCAGUCUGUUCAGUGCAGUUUGGAUCCCGGUGGAGUUCUCACCAUCUGGCUAUGUGGCUUCUGGUCAUGUUAUUCACCCCCUUCUCGUGUACAACGUUGGAGCUGGCUAUAGUGUCGCUCAUCUUGUUUUUCAGAUAUUGUUCAUGUUGUUUAUUGUUUACUUUUUCUUCAAAGAAACCAAAGAGAUGAUUCAACAACCAAAACACUACUUCUGCCGAUUUCUGAAUUGGAUUGAACUGGCUCAGAUCUUUGCAGCAAUUUCCUUUGCAGUCGUUCAUAUCUUUAAAGAGGUAGAACUCUCUGUUAACACGACUAAACUUCAUGAAAAUGUCUUCCAGUUUAUAAGCUUUGACAGAGCAGUUUUACUCGAUGAUAUGGAGACAGCAUUCUUGGCUUUAUUAAUGUUUUUCAACACUUUGAAGUUGCUGUAUUUGCUCAGAUUUAAUAGUCAUGUUAAACGUUUGUCUGAUGUCACGAAGGCGUCUUUCCUGGAACUCGUAAACUGCUCAGUAGGAUUCUACGUCUUCAUGUUCGCCUUUACUCAUUUUGGAUUCAUUCAAUUUGGAAGGGAGGUGGAGGGAUAUUCCUCGCUCUCUAGUGCUUUCCAGUCCCUUCUCAUCCAGGGAGUUUUAAGCGUCAGGACUGAAUAUCUUCAAGAUUGUCAUGAUAUCAUAGGUCCUCUUUUCUUCAUAAGUUUCAACAUGUGUCUGCAAGUGAUAUGGGUUAACAUCUUUAUCGCCAUUCUUAUUUAUGAUUACCGAACCGCUACGCAGUUCUCCAAAGGACGAUUUAGCCUCGGGAGGUUUAUGAUAAGGAAAACCAAGGAGACUCUGCUUUGCAUAGGAGAUGGGAAAUCAUCUCAUAAGGGACUGGGCAGCAACAGGAAGAAAAGGGUGCACUGGAAAAACGAAAACAACAACAGGGACAUCUGUAACAGCAAAAGAAUCCACGGCAAGUCCCAGAAUGUUUUUUCAAAAGAGUUAGACCGGUGUAUCACCCUGAUGAGUCUAAAGUUCAAUGACCUCUACAUUGACGAGUUUAUUGAAGACAUUGAGGGUAUCGAAUUAUUGAACCUCUGGGCAGACGCUUGUGCGCGUAGAAGGAAUAUACCUGAGAAAAGGAGGGCUGGUACCCAGUCAGACGAAGUUGUGCAAGCAAAGAAAAUAAAGAGUCGAGCACCUUAA